CAGUCGUGCAGUGUGCUCCGAUGCAAGUGUUGGUGUGCGCCCUCUGCUCCAUCGCCUCACACUCUGACAACUUACUGGUCGCUCACUGGCCGGCCGCGCACAUCGCACAGGAAAGCUUUGGCGUGUAGCGGCGCCUCAGCCUGUUGUUUAGUAACUGAGUGCAAUACUUCUUUUGGAAAGUGUGCGAAAAAACACUUUUUGCCGCACCAAGGUGUUGUGACCACAUGAUGGAGUAUGAAGAAUGUACCGGAAGUGUCUUGUUAGUCCAGGCCACUGUGAUGUGAGCGGCUAAAGUUUUAUAAGAGGAAAAAGGGAGAAUGCCCGCUUGGAAUAUCGAGUCCCUCAACUGAACCCGGGUGGAAAGGCAGUCCAGCAUUUGACAGAGCAGCACCACCACCCGCACUGCUGGUGGCGGGGAGAAGCUGAGCCGCCAUGAGGACCUUCACCCUCACGCUGCUCCUCACAGUCAUCUCGCCUGGCUGGUGUUCGUGGCCCGUCGGUCCCUCCUUCGUCCACGCACCAGUGAAUGUGACGGUGAGCGAAGGGUCCCAUGCGUUCCUCCCCUGUAGAGUGGCCAACCUCGGAGACAGAUCGGUGACGUGGCUGCGGCGGCGGAGGCUACACAUCAUCACGGCGGGGCUCCUCACCUACUCCCCGGACGACCGAUAUAGGGUGCUACAUCCGCCAGACACAGAUGAGUGGACACUACACAUCAAACGCACCCGGCCAGGUGAUGCAGGCUGGUACGAGUGUCAGGUGAAUUCUGACCCUAAGAUCACUACACCUGUGCUUCUUGUUGUCAGAGAUAAAAGUUUGGACGAUCCUUUCCACAUGCCAGAGGUGGAGAGUGAAAGUAACAGUACACAGGUACGUAUUGAGGGUGCAGGAGAGCGAUACAUCCAGCAAGGAAGCAUUUUGGCUGUGACCUGUACCGCCGAUCAUCCAGGUGGCAGGGGUCCACAGGCAGUGGUGUGGUACCGCGGUGCUGCCAGACUGGAUUAUGACGCUCCCAGGGGUGGAAUUGCGCUGCAGACAGAAAAAAAUCCAACAACCACUGUGAGUCGACUGAGACUGUCUGCCGUCACGCCAAGGGACUCUGGGCGCUACACCUGCCGGCCAGACACGGGAGGUUUUGCAUCUGUGUUGGUCCACGUCCAGUCAGACCAACCCCGUGCUGCAGUGCAGCAGAGUGGCCACAACACUGCUUCAUCCCACACCACCCCACUGCUGCUACUGCUGCUGCUGCUUGCCACCUCUCUCACCUGCCUCCUCCCAUCCUUCAGCCUUGAUGACUGCUGGUGAUCUUUGCCCUUUUAAUCCAAAACUCAAAUUGUCAGUUUAAUGUUCUUUUGUGUGUAUGACUGUAGAUACUAUUUUUGUAAAUACCUCGAAGAUUUACAAAAUACAAUGUAUUUUAA